GUCAAAGAAGACGAUAGUUCUGUGAGAAUCGCGUGUUGCAAUCAUGGACGCUCCUCCAUCGGAUCUAAAACGUCAAUGGAAACGCCCGAGAUCGUUGCAACGGUCGUCUCCUGAAGAGCUUUCUAAUGUCUAGAACCUUCUAAAUGCCAGAAGAAGAAGGGACGCUCAAGAAGCCAGCGUCAAGCAGCGGAUAGAAUUAGAAGGCCACAAACAGAGCACCGUCUCUCUCUCUCUCUCUCUCCCUCUCUCUCUCUCGUAAGAAUGGCCGCCGUUUUAGAAUCUCCACCAGCAUUUUCAAACCCUCUUUUCUUCUCCAAUUCUCACAACCCCAAACUAUCAUCAGUUCAGAGAUUGCCUCGGAAGCCCAGAGAUGGUCUCGCCCGUUGCUCGCCCGGCUACUGUCGGUGUUCUUCUCCUGCGGAGCCCGGCAGCCCGCUACCGCCGCCGGUGGUUUACCCAGAAACCCCUAGUCCCACUUCGGAAAUUGGCCCAGUAAGAGAACGAGCGGCCACCAAGGACCGCCGCAAAGUGGUGAAGCUCGCCUGGGAGAAGCUGGUUCGCUGGUCCCGCUCCUGGCGCUCCAAGGCCAAGACCGAUGUCGUCGACCGCACCAACAAGGUGGUGGUACUUGGAGGCGGGUCUUUUGGAACAGCAAUGGCUGCGCAUGUUGCAGACAGAAAGGCUCAACUAGAAGUUAACAUACUUGUACGGGAUCCUCAAGUUUGUCGAUCAAUUAAUGAGAGGAACUGCAAUUUCAAAUAUUUUCCAGAACAUAGGCUACCAGACAAUGUCAUUGCAACAACUGAUGCAAAAGCUGCUUUGCACAAUGCGGACUUUUGUCUUCAUGCUGUACCUGUGCAGUUCAGCUCAUCAUAUCUUGAGGGAAUCGCUGAUUAUGUUGAUCCAGGCUUACCAUUCAUCUCCUUAAGUAAAGGGUUGGAACUCAAUACUUUGAGGACGAUGUCUCAAAUAAUCCCUCAAGCACUGAUGAACCCUCGCCAACCUUUUAUUGUACUGUCGGGGCCUUCGUUUGCAGUGGAAUUGAUGAACAAAUUGCCAACAGCAAUGGUGGUGGCAUCAAAAGACAAAAAAUUAGCAAAUGCAGCCCAGCAGCUCCUAGCCUCUAGAAAUCUGAGAAUCAACACAUCAAGUGAUGUUACAGGGGUUGAAAUUACAGGUGCACUAAAGAAUGUACUUGCAAUAGCGGCAGGUAUUGUGGAAGGAAUGAAUCUUGGCAAUAAUUCUAUGGCAGCUCUUGUUGCACAAGGUUGUUCUGAGAUUCGGUGGUUAGCAACAAAGAUGGGUGCAAAGUCAACAACGAUAACCGGUUUAUCAGGAACAGGGGACAUAAUGCUUACAUGUUUUGUGAACCUGUCAAGAAACCGAACGGUUGGAGUUCGUCUUGGAUUAGGGGAAGAUCUCGAUGAUAUAUUAAGUUCCAUGAAUCAGGUGGCUGAAGGUGUAUCAACAGCAGGAGCAGUUAUUGCUUUGGCGCAAAAAUACAAUGUAAAAAUGCCAGUUUUGACCGCUGUUGCUCGGAUUAUAGACAAUGAAUUGACCCCCAAAAAAGCCGUUCUUGAAUUGAUGAACCUUCCUCAGGUGGAAGAAGUUUGAAAGUUAGAGAUCAAGAAAGCCAAUUACACGUGAAGUGAAAUGCUGUAAGCAGAUGUGUUAACCUGCAUCACUAGAUUCACAUAGAUGUCAGCUCAUAGUUCAAAUAAUUCUUUCUUCUUUUUUUUUGCUUUACUAAUUCAUGUACAUUUUUAUCCUCCUAAAUUUACUUAAGAGAGCAACACUGUAAUGAGAUUUUGUAAUGUGAUCAGUACAGUGAAGCUGAAUGAAUCAGUUGAUAUCCUAAACAAGAGGAAUCAAUGUUUUGGUGUAAUGCCUUCAAUCAUUUUUGUGGUACGAUUGCUGAUCACAUGGCUUAUGGUUUACAGCAAUGCUCCAGAUAGCUUGCAUUUGCUGAUGAACAGGUUUGUCUGUGGCAAUUUCUUUUUCACUUUUCUUUCAUAACAACCAUAGGUUUUCUUGGUGGAAAAAUAUUCUGCUUGUUUCUACCCUGAUCUGGACCAGCCACCAACUUCAUUUUGUUAAGAGUUUCAUGGCAAGCGUUACAACUUGCCUUAGUGCUUGGUGGCAUUUAUCUGGGUCUUGGAGGAGAUCGGGCAUCUUUUUAGAAAAUUGGGUAACUAGCUUGAAGGUGCCAUGAGUCAACUAUAUCAGAACUCAGACACUGGGAUGAUUAAUGCACCUAAAGCCUAAAGGUUCUUAAGAUGCAUUGGCAAGUAGGCUGUCCUGUAAUAGAUACAAUUAACAGUGGAUGAACUAGCACGUGCAAAUGCAUAGUGAUAAAAACCUUCUCCAUUGCAAUCUCAGAUACUUGCUCUUAUGCAACAAGAAGCAGAACUUCAGCUACAAAUAACUGAAUCUGGAUACUGUGGUAAUAAGAAUAAUCAUGCAAAGGAGAUGAACAGAGUAUGAAGAGUUACCUCAGUGGAUGGAAGCGUCCAGAGUUC